AUGUUGCCUGGAGACCAUCCACACGUGGACGGGACGGAGGAACCGAGCGACCCGACUAAAGCUCAGCCUCGGCCUGCUGCCGCCACACCAGCACAGGCCUCACAGGAGGCAGCGGGGUUUAAGAAGCCUCAGCUGGACCAGCAGAAGCCCACCUGCCUCCGAUGUGGCCUCACAGUCCCAGACCACGGACCCCCCCAUCCGUCACCGGGCCUGAGCCGACUGCAGGGCUCCAGCUCGUCGGUGCACGGCAGCAGCAGGAGGAGCAGGAGGAGCAGAAGGAGCAGCGAGUCUGGCUCACACCAACCUACUGCUACACCUGCUGACUCCUGCCUGCACCUGCUGCUGGCGUGCCUUUGGUGCCAGUGCUCCGUGCUGGUCCUGGGUCUGCUGGAGGCCUGUUCCUCCUGCCUCGACGCCUCCUGCUCCUGCUGCUGCCGCGCGUGCGCCCGCUGCUGUUCGGCCAUCCGGGAGGCGCCCGUGGAGGAGCUCAACUGCCACGCCCACUGCCACUCGGUGCUGUUCGAGUCUUGCUGCGAGCCGGCCGAGUGUCUCGAGUUUUGCCUGGAGUGCUGUGAGAUCUGCCAUCGCAGCUAG